UCUGAGGAGAAUUCUAAAGGGCCAGCAUGUGUUAGUGAAAACAGACAACUCCACAGCCGUGGCCUAUAUCAAUCGCCAAGGCGGCACCCGCUCCUUGAAACUACACAGGCUGGCAAGGAGACUACUCCUGUGGUGCAGCCCCCAGUUUCUCUCAGUCCGCGCGACACACGUACCGGGGGUCUUGAACAGGGGGGCAGAUCUCAUGUCACGGGGAAAUCCCCUAUACGGGGAUUGGAAACUCCAUCCACAAGUAGUGGCUCAGUUGUGGCGGAGGUACGGGAGAGCCACCGUAGAUCUCUUCGCCUCGCAGGAAAACGCUCAGUGUCCUCUUUACUUCUCCCUAACAGACGUAAAUGCGCCGCUAGGUGUGGAUGCAUUAGCCCACCCGUGGCCAAGCGCCCUACUAUACGCAUUCCCACCCCUGAGCUUAAUCUCCCCCACUCUAGCCAGGGUGAGGGAACAGGGCCUGUCACUGAUCCUAAUUGCUCCACAAGCAUCCAAACAUUGGGUGGCAGAAAUAGUGCAGCUGCUGAAGGGCCAGCCGUGGCCCCUCCCAAUACGGAGGGACCUGUUGUCACAGGCGAGAGGGGAAAUCUACCAUCCCCACCCAGACAGGAUGGCUCUCUGGGCCUGGCCCGUGAGCGGUGGAAUUUAAAUGCUGCAGGACUACCCCAGACAGUCAUUGACACGAUUCAGAGUGCCCGAGCCGGCUCUACGCGUGUAUUAUAUGGUCAUAAAUGGCGCGUUUUUGAAGAGUGGUGUGCUGGAAAGAACAUAAUUUCUAUGCAAUGCUCAGUGAUAGAACUCCUCUGCUUUCUACAAGACCUGUUGGAUAGAGGCAAGGCGUUUUCAACUAUCAAGGUCUAUUUAGCGGCCAUCUCAGCUUGUCAUGUGGGUUUUGGGGACAAACCUGCAGGUCAGCACCCCCUAGUCUGUCGGUUCAUGAAGGGUGUUCGUCACCUACGCCCGGUCUCCAGGCCUCUGGUCCCUCGCUGGGACUUAGCCCUGGUUUUAGACUCUCUCUGUCAUCAUCCAUUUGAACCAUUAGAGGGAAUAGGGUUAAAGUUCCUGUCUUUGAAGACAGCUUUGCUCUUGGCUCUGACCACAGCAAAGAGAGUGAGUGAUUUGCAGGCUCUCUCCAUCCGCCCUGCGUGUUUACAGUUCGAUCAAGACUACACCAGGGUGCGCCUACGCCCCAAUCCGGCAUUUGUACCUAAGGUGGUGGACGCGGCCUAUAGGUGUCAAACUAUAGAACUGACGGCCUUCCACCCCCCACCUUUUUCCUCAGUGGAGGACCAAAGGUUGAACUGUUUGUGCCCUGUCAGAGCACUUUGUCACUAUAUACAGAGGAUUGCAGAGUUUAGGAGACAUGACCAACUUUUUGUGUCAUGGGCUACCUCUCACAGAGGGAAAUCUUUCUCUCGACAGAGGCUUUCUCACUGGAUUAUAGAAGCUAUUGCAGUGGCUUACAGGAGCAAGGGCUCGCAGCCACUGGAGGGCUUAAGAGCUCACUCUACUAGAGGCAUGGCUACAUCCUGGGCCCUGUUUAGAGGUGUUUCGGUACAGGACCUCUGUGCAGCGGCCAGUUGGGCCUCAGGGAACACUUUUGUGCGGUUCUACAGGCUGGAUGUGUCGGGUCCAUCCCUAGCUCACUCUGUGCUGGGAACAGGAGACUCGGUCUCGAUGUAGGGGCCUGGGCCUAAGUCAUUGGUAGGUGACUGUGCAAUCCGGGAGUUGGCUAUAUCUCCCAUAGUGAAACCCUGGUUCUUUGAUAACAGAGUGAGGUGUUUCACCAACACUCCCCUCCUUGCAGAAGGACGGGAAGAAACCGUUCUGAACGCCUGAGCAGGGAGGCCGACCAGUAUUUAAGGGCAGAGGGGCGGAGCCCAGUUUUAGGUCGACCUGUCUGUCACUGACAGACGUGAUGUCAUUGGAGCUUCCGUAGAUGGUCACGACCGAAGCGAUUCCCAUAGUGAAACACCUCACUCUGUUAUCAAAGAACCAGGGUUAUGUUAAGUAACCUAAC